AUGCAUGGAGGCGACGAAGGCGCGCGAGCAGCGGCGGAAGGCGUCUUGGAGGGGGGCGUCGCGCGAGCGGCGCAGGUACAGACGAUGGACGUCCUGGAGGCGGAAAGCGGCGGUGCCGUAGAGGCGGCGGUUGGGGAAGGAGCGGAGAAGGAGGAGGAGGAGGAGCAGGAGGAGGAGGAGGACAAGGGGAUCGAGGAGGGCGAGGCGGGGGGCUUCGUGGUGGUGGCGCCGGAUAGCGAGCCGAAGCAGAGAGACCAAGGGGAAAACGUCGACAACGACAACGCAUCGACAAACGGGAUCAGCAACAACGUCAUGGUCAUCGUUUUUUGCGCCCUGGCGUUCGUAGCGAACGGAGGCUUUCUCGUGUACGUCUUCUGGGUUGCUGUAAAGGCGCUUGGGAUCAGCGAGGCCAUGGCAACAUUGGACUCUGAUGAGCUCGACUUCGUACGUCGCCAGUUCAAAGACGGGGAUGUGAAAAGCGACGGCCGAAUAAACGUGGCUAAACUGAUGGCCUGCUUGAAACAGAUGGAUUUCAUCUUGGAAGGGUCACCGAAAGACUUGAUCCGGUCGGUGGUGCCCGCGGCGAUGGAUGUGGACAGACUCAGCCUGAACGAUGCCAUUAAGGUGGCCACUGCGGCAAAGACUCAGGAACAGGGAUCAGCACCACCGCAGAGGCCGGGUAUUGGGCGUGAGGGUUCUCUGGCCGAGCUGGAGAGCUCGUUCAACAAGCGGAUUAUGCUGGGAGAGAUCACGGCGGACGCGAUCGAGGAGGAGCCGCGAGUCCCCUCGGUGGGGUUGGCCCGAGAGGACUCUCUGGCGCAGCUAGAAUCAUCCUUCCACAAGCAGAUAAAUUCCGGCAAUAUUCCGGCGGCAAUCGUGGAGGGGCCCGCCGGGAUCGAGAGCGCCCCCCCCCCCGCCGUGGCGGCUGUGGGGCUAGCCGUCCCGGUUCGGAGGCGUUCCAUCGCCGGAAAUCACCCCGUUCCGUCCUCGCCUAGCACCACGGCACCAUGGCCGACUUCUAGGGGGUCUUCUUUUUCGUCCGCCCACGGGCAAGGACAAGAGCCGGAAGUGGUAGUGGACAAGUUCCCCAAGAGGCGCAUGUCCGUGGCGAGCUCGGGCAGCGGGAGCUUGAAGGGGAUCCGCGCCGACAGCGUGCCGGGGCCGGGGGGGGGGCGCGGCGACGACGACGAUUCCACGCUGCCGGCGUCGCCGGAGAUGUUGACCAUGACUUCGGAGAUGGAGUUGCUAGAUUCUGCGGGUUCGCUCGGGGUGGAACCCGUGAUAACAAGUGCUGUGCCCAGAAGACGAUCGAUCACGGUUUCCCAGAGUUGGAAGGAAGCAGCUGCCCAGGAAUCGGUCAAGGCGUUGGAAGCCGAGAGACUCGUGGAGGCGGAAGAAGCCGAGAUCGAGCGCGAACGAGCCGAGGCCGAGGAACGAGCUGAGGCCGAAAAGGUCGUCGCCGAAUGCCUGUCCAGCCUGGCCGACAAAGUCCAGCACCGCGCCGACAUCGCGGAAGCCAGGGAGGAGGCGGAGCAACGGGCGCGCGAUGCCGCGCUCGAAGUCGAGCGCGCCGAGGCCGCGGCCGCCCGCGUGGAGGUAGAGACCGCGCUUCGGCUGGCCGUCGAGUCGCUGGAGAGGGAAGCGGCCGUGGCAUCGGCGAGGGAGGAGGCCGACCGGUUGGCUGCAGAGGCCGCCGAGGGUCGCGCCGCCGCGGAGACGAGGGCGGCGGAAGCGGCCGAGCGAGCCGAGGAGGCGCUGCGCCUGGUGGCAGCUGCGGAGGAAGACGCCAGGGCCAAGGAGGAGAGCCUCAGGGAGGCGGCCCGGGCGAAGGAGGAGGAGGAGGCGCGGAGGGAGGAGGAGCGCGGGGCGGCGAGACGCAAGGCCGAGGAGGAGGAGCGGGAGAAGGAGGGCGCGAGGCGAGCUCUCCAGGCGGAGGCCGAGGCCCUGCGGUCGAAGCUGCAGGAGGCCGGCGAGGAGGCCGCGGAGAGGGCGCAAGAGGAGGCGCAGGCGAGGGCGCGGAAGGAGGCGGAGGAAGCGAGGCUGAUGGAAGAGCAGGCUGAGAGGGAGGCCAGGCUAGCGGCCGAGGCUGAGGGUUCGGCGAAGAGGGAGGCAGAGGCCAGGGAGGCGGCCCGCCUGGAGGCCCUGGUCUGGGAGGAGAAGUUUCAGGCCCUGCAGAGGGAGAGGGAGCAGGAGGCGCAGCGGGCGAGGGAGGAGAUGGAGAGGGCGGUCGAGGAGGCGAGGGAGUUCGAGAGGUCGAAGGCGUUGGCGCUGCGCGCGGCUGAGGCAAGAGGAUGUGGAGGUUGUUGUUCCGCUGAUGUGGGCUUGGCGGUGCCGCGGUUUUUGUGGCAGGUGUUCGGGCUCCUUGGGAGCGAGGCGUGCUGCGAUAAGUAUGACGUGGUUGGCCCCAGGCCGUAGGAGGAAUGGUGAAAUGUUGUACAGAAUUCUGUCUCCCUCUUGGGUGUUUUGACUUUUGUCCUUGCAGAAUUUACGUUCUCGUCGUUGUUGUCGUUGUUGUUGUUCUUCUUGUUCUUCUUGUUCUUCUUGUUGCUGUUGUGCUUUUGUUGUUAUUGGCACUUUCGAGGUUGAUAGGUAGAUGUGUUUCAUGUACUGCUGCCGUACCGCGAGUUUUAUCCCUUGUCGAUGGUGCCGUACGAUUGCAGUGCACCUUCUCGUUGUUGUUGUGGUUGAAACCGUUCGAUUUUGAGAGGCUUGUUUACAAGCUGUUGCCGUGUGGCGAGUUUCACCCCUUGGUGGUAUCAUGUUUGCCGUUGUGGUUGUUGUUGUUGUUGCUAUUCCCCCAUUCGAGUUUGAGGUGUGUUUUUAUGUUCCGCUGCCGUGCGGUAAUGUCCGUCCCUGUUGGUGAUACCAUACUACGUUCGUUCAUGUUGAUGUUGAUGUUGUUGCCACUUUGGAAUUCGAGGGCUUGUUUAGAAGCUGCUGCCCUGUGGCGAGUUUCUCCCUGUUGGUGGCACCAUAUAAUACGUUGUUGUUGUUGUUGUUGUUGUUGCUAUUCCCCCAUUCGAGUUUGAGAGACGUGUUAAUUUGCGGCUGCCGUGCGGCGGGGUUCGUCCCUGUUGGUGAUACCGUCCUAGUGUACGUUGUCGUUGUUGUUUGUUGUUGUUGUUGUUGCCCCUUUGGAGAGGCGUGUUGAUAUACUGCUGCCGUGCGGCGAGUUUUGCCCCUGUUGGCGAUACCAUCCUAUUUAGUGUAAGUUCUCGUUGUUUUCGUUUGUUG